UAUGACUACUUGAACCCCGGGAAUCUUAGAAAUAACAAGCAAAAUGGCGGAAAAGCAUACGAUCUCUGUGAUCGGCCUCCUCAAAGAUGCGGAAUUUCACAUGGCAAAAGGGGCUGCGGAGCAACUUAGCCAAAGGAAACCCGAAGUCUUUACUGAACCUUACGUUCUUGGCUUGUUGGAGUGCGAUUGGGAUGCAUUUAUUCGCGACAAGAAGAAGGAAAUGGGAAAAGAAGUGUGGGGAUUUCAAGAAAAUGUCAUCGCCUUUCUGAAUGAAGAGUUAAUUGGGGGACAAGAGGAAUUUUCAAAAUGGGCAAUGGAUAACCAUGGAUACAGAUAUUUUAGGCCCCUUCCACUUUGGCAUGCGAUGGCUAAAAAAUCAUAUAAGGACUACCUCCUUGCCACAAAGCAUCAGUUUGUCUAUAUGGACAUAGCAGUGGGCCAUGAUAAGAUUGGAAGGUUGCUGAUUGAGGUAGGUGUAAAUACACAAAAUUAAUAUUGUUGUCAUUAUAUAUUUCAUUAUCUACACAAUAGAAAACAUUUACUGUGUUU